GAAUGGUAAAAGAUAUUAAUGGUAAAAGGCGAAUACGCAAGAUAUUGAACUUUUGAAUCGUUGCUUUCUGAUUUAUAAUUUACAUAGAACGAUCACCCUAAAUUCGGUGUUCACUUGUCAGUGUUGUCGCUGCCCGUCAAGUAAUUAUUGAUGGUUAAUUCAAAUUCUGAAUAAAAAAUUAUUGAAAUGGAAAACAAUCCAAUUUAAUGUACUGUGAAUUGGUAGUAAACAGAUCAAAAUUGAAAAUGUGCCGGAUGAUAACCAGUCACCAGCGCCAAAACCCUAGAAGCCCCACAGCAGCCGUUGCCAAUCCCGUAGGAAGGGCAGCACACCCGAGAGCAAUGGGUGUCGAUCUUGUUGCCCACCAACGGAGCAAAAAGGUUAGGCGUACUGCUUCAAAGUCCGGCGAUGCCUAUCUAAAGCUCCUUGUGAGGCUCUAUAGGUUUUUGGUGCGGAGGACAGGGAGCAAGUUCAAUGCAGUGAUCCUAAAGAGCUCCCUCAGAAGACUGAUAACUUUCAUGACCGAAAAUGCGAAUAAGGUUGCAGUUAUUGUUGGGACGGUGACCGAUGACAAAAGAGUUUACAAGGUGCCAGCUAUCAAGGUGACGGCUUUGAGGUUUACAGAGACAGCAAGGGCGUGGAUCCUCAAGGCAGGUGGGGAAUGCUUGACAUUUAACCAGCGCGCACUCCGAGCGCCUCUUGGGCAGAAUAUGAUACUUCUAAGGGGUGCCAAGAAUGCCCGAGAGGCAGUCAAGCACUUUGGCAAGGCACCUGGAGUUCCACACAGCCACACCAAACCCUAUGUCCGCUCGAAGGGAAGGAAGUUCGAGAAGGCUCGAGGAAGGAGAAACAGUACGGAUUUAGGGUUUAAGUUCCUCCUGCUAGUUCUUUGUGGCCUGUUUAGAUUUCAUCAAUUUCAUUUAUUGGUGUUUCAGAACUUUGGUCAUGGUUCUAAAAUCAUGUAUUUAUGCUCAUAAUUAAGACGUGGAAUUAUUUUAUUAUAUUUUUUAUUAAAAUUUAAUUUGAUUAAAA